AAAAUUAUACGUAACGUUUGACGUUGACAUAUUAAUCAAUUUUUUCCUGUACGAACAUUUCUAAUCAAUUUAUUAUACAAACGUGCAAUAUGAAUUGCAUACCUAGCACUUGAACCGUAUCAAUUCUGUAUUUUAUACUUUUACUGUAACGAAAAAUAUAAUAGAUAAUUGUUUAUUUAUAAUUACUACACUAUAUUUUUAACAAACCGACAAUACACGGAUUAACUUUUGAGCUUUACUGAAAUAAAUUAUGCACAUAAAAAGUAAAAGUAUAAAUACCUAUUUAACAAAUAAAUUUUAAAAACAAUUGUGCAAUGGUUUCUCAAGUCUAAGCAACGAAUAAAAUUAAUUUAUUUUUCAAAUUUAAUUAAAAUAACAAUAAUUAUUUACAGUUAUAUAAUAAGCGACUGUAAUGAUUCGUUUCCAAGUAUAAGCAAUUUAUUUGCACCAACGGGCAUUUCCUCAUAAACAAUAAAAAUUGAAAUAUAAUUUUAUUUUAAUCGAUUAAUAAUAAUUAUUAUUACAUAGGUAUUUAGCUGAAAAUUAUUAUGAUACGAAAUCGUUGAUUCGUGAUGCCGGUUAAUAGUUUAUUUGGAGCAAAAAAAUCAUCCAUCAUCGGUGACGAUCCCGAAGUGGGAGAUUACGAAACACUUCGAAUAAUCUCACAGGACGAAUGUCACUCCAGUUAUUAUUAUUGUGAUUACGUUCGUUACUGUCAGAACAACAUAAUCAUCCUGCAAAUGGAUUGAUGAAAAAUACAUUUGGUUAUCAGAAAUGAUCGUCGUUCUGCACAUCGUUGUAUUAUGUGGGUUGACGUUACGACGAUCGUAUGCCAUCGAAGUCAUACCUGCCUCGUACGCUUGGAGCACGUUCACAGGACCCGUUUCAGGGGAAGUACAAGAAGUCAAACCGUGGAGUCCAUCUCAUCCGCCGGGAUCUUCAUUCUCAGAAUUCGAAAGUGCAAACGCAGAUAACAAUCAUUAUGGACCAGAUUAUGUGGCGAAACCGCAAUACUCGUUCGCGUACGGCGUGGACAACCCGAACACGGGCGACAGCCACGGUCACUCCGAGACGAGGGACGGUUCGCACGUGACCGGCGAGUACAGCGUAAUGGAACCGGACGGCGUGCUCAGGCGUGUGCUGUACACGGCCGAUCCCAAAAACGGUUUCCGAGCGUCCGUCCGGUACGUCCGGCCCGACGGCGAGGAGUCGCCGAACCGCGACCACGGUUACCACGGUGGACCAGACCACGGGCCGCCUCAGCAACAGCAAUCCGACUACGAGUCCGGCGGCGGCGGUGGCGGUGGCGAUGACGACGGACCGCGUCCGUUCGCGCUGCAGCCGCAAUCGCUGUCCCUGCCGUCCGAGUACGAGUCGGAAGUUGACGACGAACCGUUCGCGCCGCAGUUACCGCGACCACAACCGCUGUCGUUGAACUUUGGUUUCAACAAGUACAACGACGGCGGUCACGCCAACAACGACGACGACGACGACUACGACGGCGGCGGCCGCCCGUCGGCGUUCAAGUUCCCGUCGCAGUCCAGUCCGUUCUUCAAGGCGCCAGACGCGGUUAACGGUGCGUCGACGAGAAAACUGGCCCUAAAAUUGCCCUAAAUUGGUGGACUGAGUUUUUUUUUUUUUUUUUUUAUUAUUGUUUUUCACCAUUAUCGUUCUAUACGUGUCAUUAUAUUUCAGGACAAACACCACGGGGCUCUAUAUAUAUCUAGAGGUGGCUCUGCGCCCGCGAUUGUUGUGUGCGAUAUGAAAAUGUCAAAAUAACGUGUACACUAAAAUAUACCAUGAUAAUAAUCGUUAAGGUUAGGAUUUUAUGGGCUUAUAAGACCACGAAAACAGCAAACAUAUUAUAUAGUAAUCAAAAAACUAAAAAAAAAUAAACAUCUAAUCGUGUUUUAUUCUUUGGAUUUGAUAUAAUAUGACUACAUUACAAGUUAGUGGUUAUACAGUCAAGUGAAAAUAAUUCUAAAUUAACUCGAAACACGUUUUUCAUUAAAAAGUUUUUGAAACAAAAUAAGCCCAAUAACUUAGAUUAAAAAUCAAAAAAAUCAUCACUACAAGAGCGAAAUACAAUUUUCAAUAUAUUUUUUCGCAUAGGUAAAUGUGAACUCUUAAUUGUAAUCUUAAGAGGACGCUAUACCCGCAUGUGUUGUCUUUGUCUUAUACACGCGUAACAUAGUAAAAAACUGUUUUGCGUGGGGUGACUUUACUCUCUCGAUAUUAAUAUCAAAAUUACCAAAAUUAUAAAUCGCAUUGGGAAGAAAUUUACCUGUUUGGUAGUGUAUUAAUUUUUUUGAUAACAUGAAUACAAUUAAAGUUAUCGGUUUGAAAACUUAAGGUUUUUUUCAUUUAAUUAUUAAAAAUUAUUGGUUAAUGUCAAAAAAGUUGAAACGCUACCACACAGGUAAGGUUCUUCCUAAUGCGAUUUAUAAUUUUGGUAAUUGUUAUAUAAAUAUCGAGGAAGUAAAGUCGUCUCGCGCAAAACAUUUUUAACUAUGUUACGCGUGUAUAAGACAAAGACAACACAUGCGGGUAUAGUCGUGUCCUCUAAAUUAUCUCUCACCGUGGCAGAAUGCAGAUUAUAUUGGUUUUUUGAAUAAUUAAUAAUCGGGUGAAAAACGCUCUUUAAAAAAAUAUGAUUCUUCUGCGUAACCGCUUAUCGUAUAAAUUGACAGCGCGGUGUAAAAAAGUACAAUUUUGACCUGCAAAAUAAGUUCAUCGCUAAUAGCGAUUAAAUGUACACGAACGUAUAUAAAGGAAAAAAUGCACCGGUUAUGAUAUAACGUACAAAUAAAAACAGACAAGACUUAUUUCGGUAGAA